AUUUCCAUCGAUGUUUAACAGUCUGCACCCGACAAAAUACCUAUGCUCAUAGUGUAAGACGAUUGUGGAACUUUUCAUCGAUAUGAAUUAUGUAAGCUUGAAUUGAAAGACAUGGACACAUAAAAACCCAAGAUAAAUUUGAGAUAGUAAUUUGAAGUUAUUUUAUCGUGAACUGAUCAAGAAUACCCGAUUAUGGCUCAGGCCACGGCUAAGAAUCAGGAAGACAUUAAAAAGCUUCGAAGAGAUGUCAAGUCUCUACACCAGUCCAUGGAUAUGGCUAGACAAAGUAUUGACAAUGUACACCAAACAUUAACUAGUGGAAUCCAGAAAGUUUUGUCUGAAAUUGAAAGAUUGAAAAUAGAAAAUGUUAAAAUUAAAUCAAACUUGAAGUAUUUGAUGAACUCCAAGACUAAUCCUUCUGCAGAUUCCAAUAUAUUCUCGGAGCCUGAAACUAGGACAACUAGCUGGGUCAAAAGUAUGAGAAGUGCUUCUGGAAAUCAAUUCAACUUAUCAAGUUAUAGAAAGAGAUCACAAUCUGAUUUGAGCUCAGAUGACACAGAUGUGGAUAGAGCAACACUGAUUACAGACCAUUCUUUAGAGGAAGACACAAGUCCAAGGACAAAAAAGGACAGAAGAAAACAACAUCAUAACACAUUACCACCAAAAACAGAAACACCAAAUUUGACUUCUGAAAUCAGUUCCUCUGAGUCAGAUAUUAGAAAAGCAAAAACUCUACCAAACCAUAUGUCAGCAACAGAACCUAGACAAAAUAACAUCACAGGAAGUGGUGGGAAUGGCAGAACAUCACCUGUCACCAAUGUGCAAAGGCAAAACAGUAUAGAAACAGAUCAACAUAGAGUACCAGUUCAAGAAUCUUUGCUAAAUGCUAAUUUAUCACAAAAAAAUGUGGCAGCAGGAUCCAGUAGAGAUGAGAGGUUGAACGGAGCCUCAAGUAGUUAUGUUUCACAAAAUAAUGAUACGGGAGAUCAUGGUGAGGAGUCUGAGGAGGACACUGAUAUAGCUAUGACUGUAGAAAGUAAACUCUCAGUGACAUAUCCUCACACUGUACCUGGCUAUCAACCAGUAAUGGUACCGUAUAAAGAUAUUAAAUUCAAUAAUGGCAAAGCUUAUCUCAAAUCUUUAGGAUUUAUAAUCACUGACCCUAAUGUUAAAGAAUUUAUAUACAAACUUGCAGCGUUGGACAGUAAAAAGAAUGACCAGUUACCUAAAGGAUUAUAUACAUUACUACUGUUAGAUACAUCAUAUAGUACAGGACCUGGUGGCUUACUAGAAACAAGGAAAUUUGUUAAUGAAUUUUUAGAUGAAAUAGAAACAGCGACAGAGUAUAAUUUAGAAGAGAUGGUUGGAGUAUUUGAGUUUGGAUCACACGCUGGUAUAUUACAUGAGUUUACAAAUGAUUACUCACUCAUCAGAGAAUGUUUAGAUAAUAUAGAUGUAUGUGCUGGUAGAACCAAUCUAUGGAGUGCCUUGCUGGGGGUACUUUGUUACUGUCAUAAGAAAGCUAAAAAGUGCACAAUAAAUGGAAGAACUCAUGGUAUAAGAGUAGUCAUGGUUUCUGAUGGUAACGUGACUGAUGAAAUUAACUUUUUGAGUAAUUGUGAAAAUGAGGCUGAUUUGGAAAGGAUUGAAGAUAGAAUCAUGAAAUUUAUGCCAUAUUUAUUGAGAGAAAAAUUUAUCUUAACCGCUGUAGAAAUAGGAAUGGACUCAGAAGAGAGAUUUCUCAAAAUGUUUGCCAAAAAAGGAAAAGGACAGUUUGGUCAGGCAUUGUGGUCAAAACAUGUUGGUCGAUAUUAUUUAUACCAGACAAUCAUCGGAAAGAUGCUCCCAGAAUUAAGAGAUCAGAAAAACAGAGGCAAUGUAAAGGAACUGUUAGACAAGCACACAGCAGAGUAUGACUACUUCAACAAAACUGAUCUGGCAGAGAUAAGUACACUGUUACGUGACAGAUAUAAGAUUGAAAUACCAGAGGAAUUAUUUGAGCAAGAACCGCCACCUGAAUAUGAUGAUGACUACAGAGUGACUCUUUAUACCACUGAAUUCUUCUCACGUCUUCCACCUAUUGGAACAAGAGUGAAACCAGGAUCCAAAUUUAAAGACACACAUAAAGAGCCUUAUAAAAAUGGAACUGUGGUUGCUCAUUGCAAGAGAAAUACCAUGGUUGUGAAAUGGGAUGAAACACCAACCAAGAUUCAUUUCUACAAAUAUGAAACAGAAAACCAUGAGGUCGACAAAAUGUAUAUAUACAGAAAGAUUGACAUAACCAUCCCAGGUUAUAUUGAUACAGGAUGCCGUGUUAUCAGAGGUGUGCAUUGGAACAAAGGUGAUGAAGAUGGCGGUAGACGAUCAAUAGGCAUAGUAGUAAGGAAACAUGCAAAACAAUGGGUUACAGUGAAAUGGCCAAAUGGCACAAGAGAAAGAUACAGAUUUGGUGCUGAUGACUGCUUUGACUUAGAAAUAAUUGAUGAAGAAGAAAGAAAAAAUAGGGGUAUACAAGAAAAAGUGAUACAGUAUCAAUUUAAAGACGAUAGUCCUACGGUAUGGAGGACACUUGAUGAAGAGGCAAAUAAUACAGUACUCAAUCAUAUAGAUACACAGAGAGCUCGCAGAGGCAUAGUCAUGACCUUGCACCAUGGAAUAGGGUAUAAUUUUGACCUUGACAAAAUGGAGUAUGUUAAUGUUAAUGAUUCAUCUAUAAGAGGAGAAAUACAGCUUUUACGUAUGUCAGUUGAUGAACAAGAUAGACUAAGAAAAAAUGAGUGGGAUUUAUAUAAAGAAAAAAAGAUGAGAGCCCAACAGGCACAGGCAGGCGGUGCAGGCGGUAUGGAUUUUUUAGCUCAGCUUCAACAGGGAGGAGGAAGAGGUGGAAUGAAUUUACUGAAUCAGAUGGCACAAGGAGGAGGGGGAGGGCUAGCAGGACUUAUGGGUCAGGGAGGGGCGGGUGGACAAGGGCUGGCAGGAAUGAUGGGCCAAGCUGGUAUGGGGGGACAGGGCUUAGCAGGAUUAAUGGGUCAAGGUGGAUUGGGAGGUGGACAAGGAGGUCAAGGACUAGCAGGAAUGAUGGGUCAAGGAGGUCAAGGUCUGGCAGGAAUGAUGGGACAAGGAGGUCAAGGUCUGGCAGGAAUGAUGGGUCAAGGAGGUCAAGGUCUGGCAGGAAUGAUGGGUCAAGGAGGUCAAGGUCUAGGAGGAAUGAUGGGGCAAGGUCAAGGACAAGGAAGUCAAGGAUUUGGAGGAAUUCCAGGACAGGGAGGUCAAGGGUUUGGAGGAAUUCCAGGACAGGGAGGUCAAGGGUUUGGAGGAAUGGGAGGAGGUGGUGGCCCAAAGUGGAACUGUGGACAGUGUACUUAUGAAAAUGGAGGCAAUUCAUUACAAUGUGAAAUGUGUCAGGCAGCUAAAGCAUAGAAAUGAAUAAUGACUAAAUUAACUUGUCAUGGUUGAAGUUUGUGAACAGUCCUAUAUAUUAUUUUAUUGUGAUUCUUCAACAUCAUUGUUAACUUUGUGAUGUAUUGAAAUGCAAGUUAUUUAUUGUUAUGGUUUAUUUUAUUGGUAUUUAUAAGGUAAAUUGAGAAAAAUGUGUCUAGUUAUGGAACAACAUACUUAUAUUCACCCAUAAUAAAAUUUCUCAUAUUGUCAUUCCAAAAAAGAACUAAAAAAUUAUCUAGUCUACUUUAAAAGUAUCUAAAAAAAUGUCCAUGUUCCGAAGUUUCAACCUCUAGUAAAAAAAAUGAUAUUCAGUUUAGUGUCUGGCCAAAUUCACUACAUUUUAUUCAGCAAUGGAAUUGUUUCAAGAAAUAUCAAAGUUUAUACUGGCUGACCUCAAUCUGACUAAGGACAAGGAUAACUUUUUCAAAACAAUAAUGGCCUUAUAUUCAAGUUCAUAAUCAAAUAUCAAAGAGGUCAGAAAAUGCUUCUUCAAUGGGUCCAUUUAAACAAAAAUUGCAUUAGUUUUAUUGCUAAGUAAAACGAAUCUCUCAAUUAAAGAACUUGAUAGACUUCAAGGUCAUACAUAACAUCUUGAAAACAAUCAUUUGGUGCAUUUUGGACCUAAAAGCUUCCAGAAAGCAAUGAUCCAAAAUGUUCUGUAACCAGAAGGUACCAUUUUUUUUUAAUUUACGCAACCAUAUUUCCUGGAUCAGGGAUUGCAACCAAAAGUAACGUUACCAAAAAGUUACAAUUUAUAAAUAAUUGAAGCAUAACUGACGAUCCAACACAAAUUAUUCAUAGUUUAUUAGUUAUAACUGUUACUUCAUAAAUUUUAAUGUUAUGUGUUAAAAAGAUUAAUAGUUAUAUCACAAUCAAAGCCCAUCAUUUUGCGUCAUGGUUUUAAAAACAUUAAAUAUCAAACGUUAAGCCUUGUCAACACCAGCAUUGGAUCCACAGAUCCAGAAUUAGAAAAGCAAAGGAUAUUGGCUCUUCAUUUCUUGACAUUGAAAUAGUAAAAAUCAGUACAAACACAGCACAAAAACAUUGCUGUGUUUUCAUCUUAAGUUAAAGUGAGGCUUUCGACCAGGAGCAAAAAAACAACAACAAAUAAACUUUCACCUCAUUAAAAGUGUAAAACAGCCCCUAAUCGUAUUUGUUUUGAAGUUACAUAUGUAUUCAUAUUGACAUUUUUUAGCUCACCGGGCCCGAAGGGCCAAGUGAGCUUUUCUCAUCACUUGGUGUCCGUCGUCCGUCGUCUGUUGUUAACUUUUACAAAAAUCUUCUCCUCUGAAACUACUGGGCCAAAUUAAACCUUUGGCCACAAUCAUCAUUGAUGUAUCUAGUUUAAAAUUUGUGUUUUGUUACCCGGCCAAUCAACCAAGAUGGCCGCCAUGGCUAAAAAUAGAACAUAGGGGUAAAAUGCAGUUUUUGGCUUAUAACUCAAAAACCAAAGCAUUUAGAGCAAAUCUGACAUGGGGUAAAUUGUUUAUCUGGUCAAGAUCUAUCUGCCCUGAAAUUUUUAGAGGAAUCAGACAACCCUUUGUUGGGUUGCUGCCCCUAAAUUGGUAAUUUUAAGGAAAUUUUACUGUUUUUGGUUAUUAUCUUGAAUAUUAUUAUAGAUGGAGAUAAACUGUAAACAGCAAUAAUGUUUAGCAAAGUAAGAUUUACAAAUAAGUCAACAGGACCAAAAUGGUCAGAUAACCCCUUUAGGAGUUAUUGCCCUUUAUAGUCAAUUUUUAAUCUUUUUUCGUAAAUCUCCAUGAUCUUUUACAAAAAUCUUCUUCUCUGAAACUACUGGGCCAAAUUAAUCCAAACUUGGCCACAAUCAUCAUUGAUGUAUCUAGUUUAAAACAUGUGUUUUGUUACCCGGCCAAUCAACCAAGAUGGCCGCCAUGGCUAAAAAUAGAACAUAGGGGUAAAAUGCAGUUUUUGGCUUAUAACUCAAAAAUCAAAGCAUUUAGAGCAAACCUGACAUGGGGUAAAUUGUUUAUCUGGUCAAGAUCUAUCUGCCCUGAAAUUUUUAGAGGAAUCAGACAACCCUUUGUUGGGUUGCUGCCCCUAAAUUGGUAAUUUUAAGGAAAUUUUACUGUUUUUGGUUAUUAUCUUGAAUAUUAUUAUAGAUGGAGAUAAACUGUAAACAGCAAUAAUGUUUAGCAAAGUAAGAUUUACAAAUAAGUCAACAGGACCAAAAUGGUCAGUUGACCCCUUUAGGAGUUAUUGCCCUUUAUAGUCAAUUUUUAACCUUUUUUCGUAAAUCUCCAUGAUCUUUUACAAAAAUCUUCUUCUCUGAAACUACUGGGCCAAAUUAAUCCAAACUUGGCAACAAUCAUCAUUGAUGUAUCUAGUUUAAAAUUUGUGUUUUGUUACCCGGCCAACAAACCAAGAUGGCUGCCAUGGCUAAAAAUAGAACAUGGGGUAAAAUGCAGUUUUUGGCUUAUAACUCAAAAACCAAAACAUUUAGAGCAAAUCUGACAUGGGGGUUAAAUUGUUUAUCUGGUCAAGAUCUAUCUGCCCUGAAAUUUUUAGAUGAAUCGGACAACUGGUUGUUAGGUUGCUGCCCAUAAAUUGGUAAUUUUAAGGAAAUUUUGCUGUUUUGGGUUAUUUUCGUGAAUAUUAUUAUAGAUAGAGAUAAACUGUAAACAGCAAUAAUGUUCAGCAAUUUAAGACUCAAAAAUAAGUCAAAGUGACCAAAAUGGUCAAUUGACCCCCUAAGAAGUUAUUGUCCUUUAUAAUCAAUUUUUAACAAUUUUCAUAAAAUUUGUAAAUUUUUACUAACAUUUUCCACUGAAACUACACGGACAAGUUCAUUAUAGAUAGAGAUAAUUGUAAGCAGCAAGAAUGUUCAGUAAAGUAAGAUGUAUACAAACACAUCACAAUCACCUAAACACAAUUUUGUCAUGAACUGUCUGCUGUCUUUGUUUAAUUCACAUAUACCAAGGUGAGCGACACAGGCUCUUUGAGCCUCUAGUUUUUAAUUCCAGUUCAAACAACUGUUUAAUCUUUUUAAAUAGGGAUAUAUCCCAAAUUAUAUAUGUCCUAUUAGUUCUCUUUUAAUGAAAAGUUUUAGUUUAUUGACAGACCUUUUGUCUGAUUUAAUGCUUUUUGUUUAAAUGAUGUAAAAAGCUCUCCCUAAGGUAAAGCAUUUUGUUAUUUUGUUGCUGUUGCAGUGUAUAGUGUACAAUAUCGAAAAGAGGAUAAAAGGGUGUGAUCCCAAUAAUAGGAAAACAAAUAUAGUUGUAUUAUUCCCCCACUCCCAAUUUUUUUUAUGGGUCAACACUUUGUGCCCCCCUGCAUGAUUUUGUCCUUAGAAUAUAACACAGCAUCUAGGGAACAUUGAGUCAUAUUGAAUUAUCAUUUACCUAAUAACUGAUAGAACACUUUAAAGUUUAUAUCUUUCAAACUUGAAAGUUCGUAAUUUCAAUUUUCAUACUAGUACUAUGUAAUAAAAGUUAAAGCCAUGAAUAUUUAAAAGCCAACAUAACUGUUAUAACAUAGACAAGAGACUAGAUGAAGUUCACAGAAUGGGGGGAAAAUGGGGAAAAUGGGCAGAUUAAAUCCCUCCCACCCCCCAAAAAAAAUAGUGAAAAUCAGAGCAAACAAAAAUAAAGAAUAGAGAAUAAUGGGCAAAACAUAGAAAAUAGAGAAAAAUUACCUGAAAAAUUUAAUAAUACAGAAAUGAAGCCAUGCAGGACAUAAAGGCCAUACUGCCACGAUGCCCAUAGGAUGAAACGGCCAUCACUGACAGCCAUACCCUGAAACAAAGGACCCCAUCAAGACCCUCAUAGACGUCUUGAUUUGUCUGUCUUGGUUGUUUUCUGUCUCCUUGACAUAAACUCUAUAUAUUAUGUCAUAUAGCACAUUGUUAUUAGAAUGAAAGAUUUAUAAAGCAGAUACAAAAUAAAUUUUAUGAUGAA